UGAUAAAGUUUUCAAAACGAAGUCUACAGCAAAUAUAGUACAAAUGCAGUACCGAUGGGUAAAUGAAUACAGCUAGAAUGAAUCUGUUUUACAGUAUAACUAUAUUGGUAAGCAUUGCAGGAAUUCUACCUUAUUGUAACUCUCAGAAAUGUUGCACAGUCGAUGAAUGGACGGCCGACAUGUUUCUUGACUAUGGAUUGGUGUUUAGUGAUAACAAGAAAGAAGCUACAAAAUCAGCUUACUCAUACAUCAAUGGGACAGUAAAAGUGACGUACGAUUAUCCUAACAGAAGGACCUACUUAAAAAUUCAUGGAGCGCAAGUAUCGCAUUUACUUCCGGAUCCCAUGCCAUUCGACACCACCAUAAUCAAUGAUUACAAAAAAGGUAUUCAAUAUAACAUAUGGUCGGACGGAAGUUGUAUGAAAUCCACAAUCAAAAACAUGACGAAACAAUGUAUACCAGACGAUGCUGAAUUGGUGAACACGGGUUCCCUGGUAACGGAAUGGAACACAGUCCAGAACUACAGAUAUACAACGACUGAUGAUAUUCCGGCACACGUUGACGCCACAAUCUUCCAGUUUACAUCUCCAGCAUCUUGUAACCCCGUACACAUGGUGUACUUUGUUGGCAGCGUGAAGAGCGGAAGUGGUACACUCAUCAACCUAGAUGUCAUGAAUGUUGUUCCUUACUCCAUUGAUCCAUCUGUAUUCAAUGUCCCUCCCCAGUGCAAGGAUAUUACAGCCUUGGUAAACAGAAACACUAUGCUGGAACGCCUUUUAGAAUUAAACAUAUUUAUAUAAAAUGGUUUAUUAGAUGCUUAAAUGUAUAAAAGAAAGUUAAGCUUUUUUACAAGAUAACUAACUGGUACACAAUAAAGUUAAAAGUAUUGAUUUUGAUUGUGUCAUUUUAAUUGCCAAACACAAAACAAAAAGCAACAAAAAUAUGUAUUGGGUUUAUAAAAUAGGUACCAAAUUGCUCUACAUCAGCCCCCAUCUAUUAUAAUUGACAAGUAUCGAAGAACCGCUAGAGAUCUGUAGCCAUUAAUUUUUUUUUUGAAGAGACUCCCCCUAAAUAUUUGAACACAUUCUAGUAUGUUGCAAAUACUUCAUUUAAAUUAUUUCUUUUUAAAGUUUGAGAUGUUUUUAAGAAUCAUCAAUAACCAAAAGGUAACCCUAGAGAAAAAUACAUUAAAUCUAUACAAGGUAAAUUUUUCUCAGACAAAGAGGGAAAGCCGCUUUAAGUAACACUGUGAAAAUGAUCUUUCAUGUAGGUGUGUUAAGUACUUUCAAACCUACAUUAUUAUUAUAGAUAUUCAAUACAUAAAUAAAUCAUGAUUUUGGUUUCCAGGGUUAUCAG